UAGCAUGAGAAAAGGGCAAAAUGGGGAUUUGGACAACGUUUAAACGGGAAAAUGUCUGAAGCACCUAUCCAAUAAAAAAGGACAGGAGGAGCAAAAGGUGGAGCGAGUCUUACGUUUCGAAGCCACAACGCAAUCUAAGUGGUAAUAUUCAGACAGGGAAAGAGAAGAUAUGUCGUGUUCAUCCUCGUCUGGAUCAGAUGAUGAAGAUGAGGGAUUCGAUGCGUACCGUAAAGGUGGAUAUCACGCCGUUAGAAUUGGAGAUCAGUUUUCUGGUGGCCGUUACAUUGCUCAGAGAAAACUUGGUUGGGGCCAAUUCUCAACCGUUUGGCUUGCCUAUGAUACUCACACCUCUAACUAUGUUGCUUUGAAGAUUCAGAAGAGCGCCCAACAUUUUUCUCAAGCUGCCCUUCACGAGAUCGAACUUCUUCAAGCUGCUGCUGAUGGGGAUCCCGCAAAUACCAAAUGCGUUGUUCGUCUUAUCGAUGACUUCAAGCACGCAGGUCCCAACGGGCAGCAUUUAUGCAUGGUGCUUGAGUUUCUUGGCGAUAGCUUGCUCCGUUUGAUUAAAUACAACCGUUAUAAAGCCAUGGAGUUGAAUAAAGUGCGGGAGAUAUGCAAAUGUAUACUGACCGGUCUAGACUAUCUGCAUCGUGAACUCGGUAUGAUCCACUCCGACUUAAAGCCCGAAAACAUUCUUCUCUGUUCCACCAUUGACGCUGCCAAGGAUCCCAUCAGAUCCGGACUAACACCGAUACUAGAAAAACCAGAGGGAAACCAAAACGGUGCAACAACCAUGAAUCUGAUUGAGAAGAAGUUGAAGAGGAGGGCAAGAAGAGCGGUUGCUAAAAUAUCAGGAAGAAGAGUUUCCAUAGUGGGUUUAAGUGAAACGCCGACAAAGACCGUGAGAAGUUUAGAUGGGAUUGAUAUGAAAUGCAAAGUUGUGGACUUUGGGAACGCUUGUUGGGCUGAUAACAAGUUUGCGGAAGAGAUACAGACAAGACAGUACAGAGCUCCUGAAGUAAUACUUCAGUCAGGCUACUCUUUCUCUGUUGAUAUGUGGUCUUUCGCUUGUACCGCUUUCGAGCUUGCCACAGGAGACAUGCUUUUUGCUCCAAAAGAUGGAAAUGGUUAUGGAGAAGACGAGGACCACCUUGCUCUUAUGAUGGAACUCUUAGGAAAAAUACCUCGGAAGAUUGCCAUUGGAGGUGCGAAAUCAAAGGAUUACUUUGACAGACAUGGUGACCUAAAGAGGAUCCGGAGGUUGAAAUAUUGGCCACUGGACCGUUUACUGACAGAUAAGUACAAGCUUCAAGAAGCAGAAGCACAAGAAUUUGCAGAAUUUCUUUGUCCGAUUCUUUCUUUUGAGCCAGAGAAACGACCUAGUGCUCAACAAUGCCUGCAGCAUCCUUGGCUGAAUCUCAGGGCACAGAACAAUGAAGAUCAUAUUGAAGGUCAGAUGAGUAACUUGCAGAUCAAAGGUUGAAGAAUUUUAACUUUUCAAUUAUGACCUUUUUGGCUUACAAAUGAUAAAUAACUUCUUUCUCCUUUUCAUUAUUUGGUUCGUUUCUGUUUGAAUAAUUUUGAUUCUUUAUUUGUUUGUUCUUCAUUUUUUUACUAAAUUUUGGAGAGACGUGAUUAGUGACUAACCAUUGGUUUAUGUAUAAAACAUUGGAACGUAAUGAGCUUGGUUUCAUGAAAA